UCGUGGCGCUCGUCGUGCAAAACGCACUCAUGAUAGCGCAGGUACAAUCCUUCACUGCAAGAGCAAUCAGCACAGUUAUUAUAUAUAUGAAUUGAGAUUGAGUUUGUGUGUAUAUGCUUGGGCAGGGUGUGUCAAUGGCACAGAUCGUUUUGGUAGUUGGGACUGGGGUGUGGAUGAUGAGGAAGGUUUUUGUGGCGAUGCUGCUGCCACACGUCGCUCUUCGAGGCGGCAGCCGCCGUGAAAGUUACUGGAGAGGUGCAAUUUUCAUGCUCGCAUUGGGUGGAUUGGGAGCUUGGUUUUAUCGGACAGAGGUGCCCCUGAACACGCCACAAGUCGUGCUUCUCGCUAUCGUGUAGGGUAACAAGGUGCCGUAUUGUGUGGGCAAUGAGAGGAAGCUCAUGGAUUUUUGGUGUUAUUGCGCUGGGUUCAGAUUGCUGCUGGAUGUUGUGUCCAUUUUCCUCGUUACGAGCGCUAAGGGCCGCCUUACGCCCGGACAGAUCGUCUUUUCAGCGGUGGAAACCACCUUCUUGGUGGCGGGAUUCUCUACAUACUUGAAUUACGUAAGGACCGUGCGAGUUGGUGGUUGUUCGACGGAGAAGCUAACAUACUGGUGUUAAUGUGCAUGCAGAAGGAAGAGUUAAUUUUCGAUAAGAUGGCGUUCGCGCUCACGGCGGCAACAGCUUUUGUUCACGUGCUAGAACUUCUUUCGGCAAAGUACGUGGUGCUCCACUGCUUUGGCACGGAUACGAACGGCUCUUUCAACAAGCAGCAACGGCGCGGGGCCAAGUUGAUGGAGGGUAUAUGGCAGGAUAUCGAUCAAUUCGAACCCGAACAGCUUCUCUUGGGCACCACAAAGGUACGCCAGCGAAUAUGUUGAGCCGUGUAAACUUCGAAGUGUUUAACUCCCAUGCUCCUCCGUAUUCAGAAAAAGAAAGCCAAAAACAAGUCGCGCGGUAGCUCUUCGAAAGAUGUAAACGCAGCCACCGAUGGCAAUUCAGACCCGGCACUGCAGAUCAAACAAUCCGCGUUCAGGGAGCCGCGGGUGCAGCUCGCGAUCUUGACACUGGCUCAAGUGCUGCUUCUACUGUUGCAGCUCGUACUCUCAACAUUCGUGUUGUACUCUUGGGAAAUGAUGAGGUAUGUUGCCGAUUGCUCUCAGACUGUAGCCAUGGCUCUAACUUCGACUGCUCUCGCUUUGUGUGAUAGUGCGUUGUUGCUCAGCAGCUCCCACGUUCUCUGGAAGCUUGGCCAA